UAAAACAGUAUCGUGACGUAUUAGUAGUCGUGUAAUCGGUACGUUAUCGGAUUUUUAAAACCGAGAAAAAUCCGUUUUUCUUCUUUUUAUAUGAUUGUGGCAGACUCCAAUCGGAGGAUUUUCGGGCUAUGGCCGAAUAUCUGGCGUCAAUUUUCGGGACCGAGAAGGACAAAGUCAAUUGCUCAUUUUAUUUCAAGAUAGGCGCCUGUCGACACGGAGACAGAUGUUCGCGAAUUCACAACAAACCAACUUUCAGUCAAACGUGUCUACUGCAGAAUCUUUAUGUAAACCCUCAGAAUUCUGCGAAAAGCGCAGAUGGAUCUCACUUGGUUGCAAACGUGUCCGACGAAGAGAUGCAAGAGCAUUAUGACAAUUUUUUCGAGGACGUGUUCAUCGAGUGCGAGGACAAGUACGGUGAGAUCGAAGAGAUGAAUGUAUGCGACAAUCUUGGCGACCACUUGGUCGGGAACGUUUAUAUCAAGUUCCGCAGAGAGGAAGACGCGGAGAGGGCGGUUAACGACUUGAACAACCGUUGGUUCGGCGGCAGGCCGGUUUACGCCGAGCUCUCGCCCGUCACCGAUUUCCGUGAGGCCUGCUGUCGCCAGUAUGAAAUGGGCGAGUGCACGCGCUCCGGAUUUUGCAACUUCAUGCACUUGAAGCCCAUUUCUCGGGAUCUUCGCCGAUAUUUGUACAGCCGGAAGAAGAGCAAGGGUCGAUCGAGGUCGCGAUCGAGAUCGCGAGGUCGCGAUCGCAGGAGAAAAUCCCGCUCCCGAGAUAGAGGAUCCAGGUCUAAGGAUCGCCGCAAGGGAAGAGACGAAAAGAGCAGAGACGGUCGAUCUGGUCGUUAUUAAUAGAAUUUUAUUCGUACACGCGGUAAAUUUAGUAAAUCUAAUUGUUAAUGUAUUUUAGUUUCGUUUGAUUUACCGAAAAAAUUUCAUAUUAUUUGAAUAAAUCAUUAUUUGCAAUA